AUGAUCACGCAGAACCAAAGGCUGAAGAAGCCUCUGAAAAGAGCCCCCCCUAGCGUAUUUGACCACGAAACGCCAAAUCUCCCUUUGAAUGCCCGGACUUGGACCAUCUUCUGCGCGCUGGCGGUUCUCUCGUUCACCAUCUCACUCGAGGCUGCCGUGCUGGUCCCGGUGCUACCGUCCAUUGCCUCUGCUCUUCACGGAAGUACAAGCAGCACCUUAUGGGCCGGCUCGUCCUACCUGCUAACGGUAGCGGUCUUCCAGCCCCUCAUCGGCGCCCUGUCUGAGGAAUUCGGCCACCAGACACUGCUACUGGGAUCUAUUGCUCUGUUCAAUAUCGGUGUUCUCGUCUGCUCCCUGUCUCACCAGAUGACUGCCUUCUUGGUGGGCAGAUCGAUCCAGGGCCUCGGUGGGGGUGGCAUUCUCGCUCUCAUCAACAUCAUCCCCACUGCCAUGGCGUCUCUCCGCCAAAGGCCUACCGCCAUUAUGCUGAACCAGGUCGGAUACGCAGCGGGCGCCAUUCUCGGUCCGGUGCUCGGUGGUCUCAUCGGGCAGUAUAACACCUGGCGAUGGAGUUUCUACCUCAACUUCCCCCUCUGCGGCGUCACCAUUCCAAUCUUGGUCUUUGGCCUGAAGGGCCAUGGCAGCGCCAUCUCUCUUAGGGAGCAGUUUCUUCGCCUCGAUUACAUUGGGGCAGUGCUCUUCCUCAGCAGCGCCUGCUCGCUGUUGAUUGGCAUCAUCUGGGGAGGCGAACAGUAUCCGUGGCGGAGCUGGCAGACCCUGCUACCAAUCUUCUGCGGCGUGGUUGGCAUCAUCGCCACCCUAGCAUGGGAGGCCUACCUAGCUCCCAGGCCCUUUCUGUGCCUGUCGUUGUUCAGAGUCCGAGCCGCGAGUGCAGUCUAUCUCGGCACUUGCUUCCAAGGAUUUGUGUUGUUCUGUCAGUUGUACUAUCUACCCGUCUAUUUCGAGGGUGUGCGAGGCUACUCCAUCGCGAGCACCGGACUGGCCUUCCUUCCAGUGACCGGGGCCAUGAUCGUGGGCAGUCUGGGAUCUGGGUCCCUCAUCCAUAAUACCGCUCGAUUGCGCUGGAUCAUCAUCGCCGGCUGGACGCUGGCUCUUGUUUCGACCGGCAUGCUCUUUGUAUUCAACCAAACCACUCAGACCUACAAAUGGGUCUUAAUCCUCCUCCUCGUCGGACUCGGCCACGGUACGCUCAUCGUCUCCCUCAACUACGCCCUGCAGGUACUCGCAGAAGACCGCCAAGUCGCGCAUGCCAUGUCCAUGUACACCUUCCUGCGUUCCUUCGGCAUGUGUCUCGGGGUUGCGGCUGGGAGCAGCUUGCUCCAGAAUGCGCUCAGAUCGCAAAGCUCUCAAUCAAGUUCGGCCACGGCUCUUAUGGAUAUUACGAAUCUAGCCACUCAUCCCGAGUUGCCUCCGGCUCUGUUGAUCAGUUUCCGGUAUACAUGUGCGGUGAUGACUGGGGUAGCGAUUGUAGGUCUGGUGCUUUCAUUCGUGUAUGCGGUGUCUUCUUCGGAUAUUAGAAACCGUUAA